AUGGUUAUGUCUGUGUUUUUGUUUGUUUACGUUUUGAAGUGAUGAUUCUUAAAAUAAUUUAAAAAUAUAUUUUUAGAACUUCUUUGGCAAUGAUAUAACGCAAUUAAUGGCCGGUGUGUGUAUUCAAAGUAAAAACAUUCAUUUAGGCUAUUCGAAAAUUAUAAGCACCAUUUGGUACUCUGUAAAUUUGUUACAGUUUGCUUCAUACUCAGCUAUGUCUAAAAUAACAGUAUCAGAUUGUGCUUUAGAGGAAAGAGCUAAAUGCCUAGCUCCACCACUGACUAAUGGAAAACAUAAAGGACAGGCAGGACGAAUUGGGGUAUUUGGAGGCAGUAUAGAAUUUACAGGAGCACCUUACUUCUCAUCUAUAGCUGCGUUGAAAGUAGGAGCUGAUUUAAGCUAUGUAUUUACCAUUAAAGAUGCAGCAUUUGUUAUUAAGUCUUACAGUCCUGAACUCAUGGUUCUGCCUUUUCUAGAUGAUUCAGAUGUGGAAAACAAAAUCUCUCCUUGGUUGGAAAGGGUCCAUGUAGCUCUCUUAGGUCCUGGUUUGGGUCGUCUAGAAUCAACAGAAAAAGUGUUUCAAAAGAUAGUUAGUCUAUGUAGAUUAUAUAAGAAACCAUUAAUUAUUGAUGCAGAUGGUUUAUUUUUUGUUGCAAAGAACCCUGACAUUAUCAAAAACUAUCCAGCCACUAUUAUUUUAACUCCUAAUAAGAUGGAGUUCCAGAGGAUCGUAGGACAGAACCAGGAAAAGAACUUAUCAAAACUGGAACAAGCAAAACAGUUUUUGGAGCAAGCUGGAUCUAACAUUACCAUAUUCUCUAAAGAUGCUGAUGAUGAAAUUAUAACUCUAGGAAAAAGCGUUAAGAUAAGCGGAGGAGGAUCAGGACGUCGUUGCGGCGGUCAAGGAGAUAUGCUCGGUGGUAGUAUGGCUACCUUUCUAGCUUGGGCUUUGGAGAAAAAAUGGGAUCCUGCUGUGGCGUGUUAUGCCGCUAGUAAACUUACGAGAGAGUCAAAUGCCAAAGCUUUUAGUAAACAUGGUAGAAGCAUGCUGGUGACCGACAUGAUUCAGGAAAUACCAGAAAUUUUUAAGGAACAUUUUGAAAUUAAUUAAUAACGUGUAUACUAUGGUGUUGGUCUAAACUCUUUUUGUAUUAAAGUGCAUUUUUAAGAAUUUGAAUAGUUUAUGGGAAAUAUUGUCUGAAAUUAUUCUGAGUCCAAAUAAAGUUUAAAAAAUUUGUUGAUUUA